AUGAAUCCAACAAGAUCUCCCAACUCCGGGCGCCGGGUCCCUCCCGCUUCUUACCCCCGCCCACCCUCCGAUGACGAGGAAGACGACUCCGAUGAAGACGAAUUGGUUCGCCCCGGAUCCUCCGGCAGCGACGCUUCUUCCAAUGUGACAACCGUCUCAGCGACUCCCCUCACGCCUCUGAAUACUCAACAGCCGAACAGCUACUUUCCUCCUCAGUCGCAGUCCGCGUCCGCGACUACCUCACCUCACGCCUUCCCAAUGCCGAACCCUGCCAGAAGGCCCUCUGGCCGCCCCUCCGUCGAGCUGCCUAGGCACCGAUCACGACACCAUUCACAAGGGUUCUUUGAGCCUACCUUACCGACUGCAUCCUCAGAUCAGGUUCCUACCGUGUCUGCGUCUCGGAUAGCCGCCCAGGCCGCAAUGCAGCAGAAGCGCCCUACACCAGAGGACCGCUCACGGAGGAGUGGCAGUGCUUCCCCGCCGCUUAUGCCAGCGCCAUUGCGAGUCAAUCAACCUUCCCCACAACCGCCUCCACAAAAUGUGGCUACAACGGCCGCCAAUGUUGUCUUUCCGAGAGCCGGUGUGCAGCCUGAACAGCCCGAGAAACAGAAGAAGAAGAAGCUCUUUUCGAAACCCAUGCACAUUGGAAUCAGCAGGGAUAAGGAUUCAGGGAAGGAUCGUGGUCUUCCUUCGCCGAGCAAGAUUGUCGGUUUAUCACGAAUGGUCAGCGCAUCGACCACCAAUGUGGCCGAUCUGCCAUCAAACAAUUCUUCUAUGUACAAUUUGUCCAAUGCUUCGGUGAGCACAGUCGUCCCAGCGGAUCGUCCACCGGCCUUGGAAAAAGACAAGGAGAAAGAUAAGGAGAAAGACAAACACAAGCACCAUUUUCUGUCUAGGCAGAAACUCAAACUCAAAGACCGUGUUGAUGAUCACUUCAACCUUCCAUUAUCUUCAGCCUCGAGUAAUUCUCGACCUGCCGAUCCAAAUGCCCCGAAGUCCUUGUACUCGUUCGUCAGUCCUGCGUCCCCUGCGCCGGGUGCUACGUUUGGCAAGUCGGUUAGUGGGUUGGACAUUUUGCAUGGCGGACGGGCUUUGCGCGAGAAAAAGAAAGAGGAAAAGGCUCUCGCAGAGUCAGAGCAGUUGGAAUGGCUGGCUCACAGUGCCGCAGGUCCUACAACACCCUUCCCGGGGCCACCUUCAGCUGGCAGUACUAAUACGGGGUCUGUCCCUGAGUCGAUUCUGCGCGAGACUCUACAGGGCUUUGGGUUGAACAAUAUGACCCCCGAGGAUGCAUGGGAUUUCCUGAAAGCCAAGUUACUGGUCAUAUUUGAUGGUGAAGAUGUGCGCAUCGCUAUUGAAGAUUUGAACAAAUUGGUCCUUGUUCAUCUACAGCGUUGUGUUCAAAAGAGGGCUCCUACGUCGAUUAUCAUGGAUCUGCAAGAGCUGCUGGAGACUGGAUUUGCGACCCUCAAUCACAGUUCUUUGCUCGGCGUUCCAGAUGAGAGGCUUGUGCCACAUCUCGUGCAGAUCUGGAUGCUGGUCUUUGGCACUAUUCUACCCUUCAUCCAGGCUGUAUUCCUCCCCCUGGACCUUGAGUUCAAAGGAUGUGGCUCUAUCAUGAGCAGCCGUGAGGCCAAUGAAUUCUGGGGCCCCUUGCCUGUCGGCGGAACCCUCGAUGUGCGGAAUCUGGUGCUCAUUGCCUUCCGCGACCGCAUCAUCCUCAACCGAUAUGACACACUCAAGGCAACAUUCUCCCGCCUUAGUCUAGACUCUAUCAACUCAGGCUUCCCUACACUCAGCGUCACAGCCAAAAGCACGGGCACGGGGGCCCGCCCUGGCACAGCAGCCUCCCUCGAUGCAGGCUUCGGUAGCUACACCUCUCAAUCCUCCAUGUUCCCCAGCAAUGUCGCAGACAGCUACUCCUCAGACGGCAUCAGCGCCCUUGCCAACCGCCCAACUAGCAGUGACUCUCGCAGUCGCGCAACAUCAAACACCUCUUCGAAUGCUGAUGUUUUCUUUGGCUCUGUCGCAUCUCCUCAAACUUCGAACAAUCGUCCCACUGUCAUCCAUCGCGGCAACUCAGCCGACACAUCUCAUAUCAUCACGGAGACUGUUGGCCGUAUGCUGCAAUGCGUCAGCGUCCUCGCAAGCAUCCAGACUGACGAUGCACCCCAAGAGCGAAUUGAAGUUCUCAGCAAGGCUCUUAAACACAAUUGGCUCGGUCGCGGGCGCACAGGUCGUGAUCGACGUGGCUUUGUUGGUGCCAAGAUUCGCCCGGUCAUGGUCGGCGGUCCUCCCGUUAUCGACGACGCCGACUCUCUUACUACCGCCGGUAUAAGUAUCGGCGCUAGCACAAGUACCGGUGGGUCUAGAGGCCGGGGUGAUUCUUCGUCCUCUGAUUGGAGCGCCGGUUUGCCCGGUCCUGGAAUGAGCGUGAGGAGUGGACGAAGGGAGUUGAGUGCUAUUUAG